AUGCUCUUUCUCUUUUUCCUUUCUUUAUCCAUCAUGCUCUUUCUCUUUUUCCUUUCUUUAUCCAUCAUGCUCUUUCUCUUUUUCCAUAUAUUUCUCACACUUUCACUCCAUCCUCUUCACGCUCUGGUUUCUAUUUUACUCUGUGUUAUUCUUCUCCUCGUUCUAUGUCUUUAUCUUUUUCUUAAUUUGUCCUUCAAUCUAUUUCGUCUUUAUGACCCCUUACUCUCAUAUUCUGUUCUCCUUCCCUUUGUCAUUAGUUCUGCUCUCUUACUUUCACGCUCUGGUCUUUCCUUUUCUCUCUCUAGUAUUCCUUCCAUAUGCAUACAUCCAGCAGAUGCCUCAUGUCACUGGACUUCCUUCUCAUUUUCUCCCUCUUUCUUAAAUUUCCUCUUCUUACUUCUCUCUUUUUCUUUCUACUAUUUUCUCUCCCUUUCUCUCUUCACUGUCCCUUAUAUUCAUGCGUCCAAAACUUAUACCUUUUCUUUUCAUUCUCGCCGCAAACUUACACUAAUAUCCUUCUUUCUCGCAUUCUCUCUCUUUCUAAUUCAUUUACUUUCUCUUUCUCUCACAUUCUCUCCUUAUACUUCUUUCUUUUGCAUUCUACUAUAUGCUUUCACUUUCUUUUUCUCUCAUUUUUUUACUCUCUUUCUUACACUCUCUCUCUUCCUACUCUUUUGCUUUCUAUUAUCUUCUUUCACUUUCUUUUUCUCUCAUUCGUUUACUUUUCCUUUCUUAAAUUAUCUCCUUAUAUCUCUCUUUUACUUUCUGCCGUCUUUUUCUCUUUCUUUCAUUUUUUUCUUCUCUGUGCCAUGUAUAUAUGCAUUCAACAGAAAGGCCAAUAUUCUUAUUUCUCUCUCCCUCACUUCUCUCUUGUACUUCUCCUUCCCGCUUUCUCUCUAUUUCUUUCUGCCACUCAUUCUCUAUGCACUGCACAUGCACGCAUCCAAUAGAAAAGUUGUAUCUUUAUACUGUGUAUUCUGA